CAUCUCAUCAAAACUCGGCAGCUAGAGCAGAGCAGCAGUCUUCUUCGAUCCCGGCGAUGGCCAAGGUCCAGCCCCUCCCUGCCGCCGCCUCGCCCUCGCCGUCUCCCUGCUCUUACUCCGAUGGUCAGCCGAGCCAGCAGGCGUACACGGUGUGGAUGAAGUCCCUGGUGUUCAACGGCAACGGCUGCACCGUGUACACCGCUGACGGCGAGGUCGCCUUCCGCAUCGACAACUACGGCUGCAAGGGCGGCCGUGAGGUGUUCUUCAUGGACCGCGUCGGCAACACUCUCAUCAGGAUUCGACGUAAGGGCUUCGGCUUGUUCAGGAGGUGGGAGGUCUGCCACGUCGCCGGCGAGGAAGAAGAGGCGACGCCAUGGUUCAGCGUGCGCCGGGCCAAGAAGGGCGGGGCCGCCGUGACGAUGCACGGCGGCGCGGGUACGUGCUACAGGGUGGACGGCUGCUGCGCGCGCAAGUCGGACUACAGAGUCAUCAGCAGCGGCGCGGUGGUGGCGGAGGUCGCCCGGAAGCAGACGGCGGCUGGGGUCGUUCUGGGCGAGGACGUGCUUACGCUGGCUGUCGGGCCGCAGGUGGAUCACCUGCUCGUUCUGGGUUUGGUCGUCGUGCGUGGGCUCAUGAACCGCUCCUUGUGAUGGAUUGAGCGGCGAUCAUCUUUUUUUUUUCUUCAUGAGAUUCAAUUCACUAGCUAGGGACAUACACGUUGAGGCUUGCGAGUGCCUGUAGCUGUAGGUGGUAUUUUUCUUCCUGUUUUCCACAGGAAGACUUAGGAUUUUUUUGCCCAAAUUGAGGACAUGGUGACUCUCUUUGGAUUACAUGUAGUUUUCCCCUUUUGUCACGGCUUUUUGAAGACUAUGGUCGUCUUCUAUAAGUUGGAGGAUUGUAACAUAUUG